GUCCACUUUGCGAGAGACCGCCCACCCAUUCAUUUCGAAAACACUAUGCUUUCAUAUUAAUAUUUGUGGGGUUUUAGCCCUGGUUUCAGGUAGCUAUGGCGACAAAACGCAAAGUGGAGAUGGUUGUCCCGGCAGAGGAGAGUGACCAGCUCCACAUUCGUCCGUUGGGUGCUGGACAGGAGGUUGGGAGGUCGUGUAUUAUACUGGAGUUCAAAGGAAGAAAAAUUAUGCUGGACUGUGGCAUCCAUCCUGGUUUAGAGGGAAUGGACGCCCUCCCCUAUAUAGACUUGAUCGACCCAGCUGAGAUUGAUUUGCUGCUCAUCAGCCAUUUUCACCUUGAUCACUGCGGAGCUCUGCCUUGGUUCCUCCAGAAGACCAGCUUCAAAGGAAGGACCUUCAUGACCCACGCCACCAAGGCCAUCUACCGCUGGCUGCUGUCGGACUAUGUCAAAGUCAGCAACAUUUCUGCAGACGACAUGUUGUACACGGAGACAGACCUCGAGGAGAGCAUGGAUAAGAUUGAGACCAUUAACUUCCACGAGGUCAAGGAGGUGGCGGGAAUUAAGUUCUGGUGCUACCAUGCUGGUCAUGUGUUGGGAGCUGCCAUGUUUAUGAUUGAAAUAGCUGGCGUCAAGAUACUGUACACAGGAGACUUCUCUCGACAGGAAGACAGGCACCUCAUGGCAGCUGAGAUCCCUAGUGUCAAGCCAGACAUUUUAAUUAUUGAGUCAACGUACGGCACGCACAUCCAUGAGAAGAGGGAGGAGCGUGAGGCUCGCUUCUGUAACACCGUCCAUGACAUUGUCAACAGAGAGGGCCGCUGUUUGAUCCCCGUGUUUGCUUUGGGAAGAGCCCAGGAACUGCUGCUCAUCCUGGACGAGUACUGGCAGAACCACCCCGAGCUCCAUGACAUCCCCAUCUAUUACGCCUCAUCCCUGGCCAAAAAGUGCAUGGCUGUGUACCAGACCUACGUCAACGCCAUGAACGACAAGAUCCGCAAGGCAAUCAACAUAAACAACCCUUUUGUCUUCAAGCACAUCAGUAACCUGAAGAGCAUGGAUCACUUUGAUGACAUCGGCCCCAGUGUGGUGAUGGCGUCGCCUGGUAUGAUGCAGAGCGGCCUAUCCAGGGAGCUCUUUGAAAGCUGGUGCACAGAUAAAAGGAAUGGAGUCAUUAUCGCUGGGUACUGUGUGGAGGGAACACUGGCCAAGCACAUCAUGUCUGAGCCGGAGGAGAUCACCACCAUGUCAGGACAGAAGCUCCUGCUGAAGAUGUCGGUGGACUACAUCUCCUUCUCGGCCCACACGGACUACCAACAAACCAGCGAGUUCAUCCGGGCCCUGAAACCUCCGCAUGUGAUCUUGGUCCACGGCGAGCAGAACGAGAUGGCUCGUCUGAAGGCGGCGUUGAUUCGAGAGUACGAGGACAACGACCAGGUUCACAUCGAAGUCCACAACCCUCGUAACACAGAAUCCGUCACCCUCAACUUCAGAGGAGAGAAACUGGCCAAGGUGAUGGGUUCUCUGGCGGAUCAGAAGUGUGUUCAGGGUCAAAGGGUAUCAGGCAUCCUGGUGAAGAAGAACUUCAACUAUCACAUCCUCAAUCCCUCGGACCUUUCAAUGUAUACAGAGCUGUCCAUGAGCACAGUGAAACAGACACAGGCAAUCCCCUUCACCGGACCUUACUCACUGCUCGUCUGCCACCUGAGGAACCUCACAGGCGACGUGGAGGAGCUCGAUGGAACCGAGAAGAAAACCUUGAGGGUUUUCCAAAGCAUCACACUGAUCCACGAGGCGGGCGUGGUUCUGCUGGAGUGGCUUGCUAACCCUCUCAACGACAUGUACGCCGACGCUGUAACCACUGUGGUGUUGGAAGUCCAGUCCAACCCGAAAGCUCACAAAGUCAUGGAGAACCAGACUUCUACUCUGGACAUGGAUACCUUCCAAAAUAGACUGGAAAUCAUGUUACAGGACAUGUUUGGACAGGACUACGUGGACAUCAGCGAUGAUAAAAACUUCUCUGUGACAGUUGAUGGGAAGACGGUGCUCAUUUGCUUGGAAACAAGGUCUGUGUGCUAUGAGGACGACAGCAUAGAGGACGACUCCCUGAGAGAGAUGGUGGAGUUGGCGGUGCAGCGCCUCUUUGACGCCCUGAACCCCAUCACGUCAGAGCAUGGGCGAAGUUGCGCUCAAACUACUACUUAAGACACAUAGUUUUAACGGUUUAAAUUUUAGUGUGAUAGUUUGUAUUGGUGUUAUAUGGAUUAGUUUAGUGUUGUACCUGCACGCACUUGAAUGUAUUUAUUUAUUAACGUAAUGUGUAGUUUAACUAAUGUGCACUGAUAUGAUUUAACUUGUGAACUGUGAAUUUCUAAUUGCACUUAAUGUUCAAUGUCAACAGGAAAAAAAACAUGUUUUGUUAGUGAUUUAAGUGAAUGUUUUUCCUCAUAAACUAGAGUCAGGACACGUCCAAACAUUUCACAGUGCUUUUUCCAAGCACAGCUUAUUUAUUGCUUAAAAUAUCUGGAUGAUACACAUUGAUUUUUCCAAAAUAAAAGGCAUAGUAGUCCAGAUCUUUGCAUUUCCCCUCAACUAAGUGUUUAUACAUUUUCUAAUAAUAAAUAUCACAUGACUUACUAUAAGUCAAUGAAGAUAAAACUGUCGGGACAGAAGCAGCACCUAAAAUGUGAAGAACAAAAAAAAAUUCCGCCAAGGGUGACACACAUCCAGACUAACUAAACACAACAACAUUAUACAGAAAUGUGUUAUUAGGCCUUGGCCAAUAACACAUUUUGCUGUACAAUAUAUUGUCUCACAAAUAAUUGCUACUAAAUCAUAUUAUUGUCAGCAUUGUUUUGGUGACAAUUUAAGCACCGAUGCAUUCAUAAUGUAUAAUAAUGAUGCAAGUAACCCUUUCAAACACAAUAAACUUCUAUUUUACAGUAGUAUUGGAAGGUCAAAAACUUUUUGAGUAUCCUAAAUAAUAGGGGUGUAAAGAUUUAUUUUAACGAUUCAAUUCAAUAUUUGUGGUUGCCGAUACGAUUCAGGGACAAUCUCUUUUUCUUUUUAGAACGAUUAAAUCCGAAACAAUUCAGUGAGUUGAAAUCAAUUAUUUUUUAGCAAAAAAAAAUAAUAA